AUGUAAUAACAAUAUUUGGAGCCUUUUCCUACUGAAUUUAUUUCGGUCAGAAAUUAUCUGUCUAUUAAAUAAUUAUACAAAAAUUAUUUAGAUUCUUUAUGGAAGAACAAUCGAACGAUCAUCUAUAAUUAGCAAAAAAAUUAAUAUAUGAUGGAGACUACUCUUGUGCUGUAAAGCUUUUAAUCAUAAUAGAUUGAACUUUUGGAAGGAAUAAUUGAAAAUGAAUAUUAAAACGUUGAGGCCUAUAACUUAUUGGCCUUUGCCAUAAAAAAUCAUUUGGAGAAGUCGACUGAUGCAUAUAUGCGUAGUUUAAAUAUCAUGCAAAUAGCCUUAGAAAUUUCACCAAAUAAUACGUUUACUCUGUUCAAUAUUGCUUCUACUUAUUAUGAGAUGCAAGACUUUACCUAAGCUAUAAUUUAUUACUAAAAACUCAUUUAAGUCAAUAAAGUUAGUGACUAUAAAGCUUAUUUUAAUUUAGCUAUGUGUUACGAAAAAGCUGGGGAAAAUUAAUAAGCUUUGGAAAUGUAUAAGCAAUCCAUUCGAAUCAAUCCGAAUUUCUCAAGUGCUGUUAUAAAUUAUUCAAAUUUGUUAAUGCUCAUGAGUAAACAAGCUCUAGCUAGAUAUACUUUAGAGAGCUAUCUAAAAAAUAAUAAAGGGGAUAUGAGGGCCUUGAACAAUCUAAAUAUCAUAUUAGCUGAAAAAUAAAAAGAUUAAGAAGUUGAAGAAAAUUUCUUUAAAAUUAAUCAAAGUGGGGCCGUAAUAAGUGUUUUUAAUAGUGGUGUGUUUUUAUAAAAAUAAGGAAAACUCUAAGAAGCCUUACAAAUUUUUAGAUAAAUAGUAAAUAAUCCAAAAGAGGAUGUUGUACGACCACUUUUGCUAUUAUCUCAUGUUAAUUAAGGAGUAUUAUUUGAGAAGCUAAACAAUUUUAAUGCUGCAAUUUAAAAGUAUAAUUAUAUUUUAGAUAAUUUUUCUAAAGAAAUAAACAGUGAAGAGUUUUUAUAGAGAAUAGCAGUUUUAAAAUAAAAAGAAAAAGAAAGAUAAAAACUUUUUCCUCCAAUAAUCGCGAGUAAAGUAUAAACAUAAUUGAAUUCACCUCAUUAGCAAUAAUAAAAAACUUAAGCUAAGUUAGUGAAAUAAUCUCCAGAUAUAUAUAAGAAAUAAUAGCCAGCCUUAGUUCCUAUUAACAAUAACAAUAAUAAAAAAUAAUAAUAACCUGUUCAAGUUUAAAAAAACACUUAAAAAUUAAUUUAACGUUAACCCCGUCCCCACAGCUAAAAACAAUAAAGAUAAAAUUAGAAUUAAUAAUAGCAGCUUCCCCAAUAAUCUAUAAGAAAAUUAGGAGUCAAAAAUAUACUCAAGCAAACAAGUUUACAAGAUUAUUAGAUUUCAUCUUAAUAAUAAUUUCAUAGAUUCUUUAAUAAUAAUAUCCAAUAGAAUCCAAAAGUUAUAUUGCAAAUCUAGCAAGAGGACAACGAAGAUGAACAUAUUAUUAUAAAUUAGGAUGAUCAGAAGGAUUAAUUUUAAAUAUAUUAAAAUAUAGAUAAUACAUAGAUAUAAGGGACAUAAAAAAAACAAUAGACAGAUUAAUAAUAAUAAUAAAAAAAUGGAAUUGUAACAAAUUAAGACUAUAUACAAUAAUCAUAGAAUAAUGCAGAUUUAAAGCCACAUCCAAUACCUCUAGAAUAAUCUUAAUUAAUUGAUAAUAAUCCUAACAAUUAAAAUAAUGCUUAAUAAGAACCCAUUAACAUGGAAGAAAAUAAACCCUAAAGUAUUGAUGACAUAAACAAACCAAUAACUACAGAAUAACAAUAACCUGCAUAAAAUUAAACUGAAAAAGUCUUUUGUAAAAUUCAAACAAUUAAAUAGAUCGAAGACAUCCCUUAAAUAAAGGUUCAAAGUCCUCAAAGUUCCAUGGAGGGAAUUCAGGAUAAGAACCAACCAGAAGCCUCUUUAGAUUAAGUCGAUUAAGUGGUAGAAUAAGAAUAGUAAUAAGCAGUAGGGCAACAUUAAUAUGUUGAAGAGGUAAGAUCCCCGAAUUAACAUGUAUAGGAUUAAGCAAAUUUACUUGUUAUUUAAAAAAAUAAUAAAAUAGUAGAAUUAGAAAAUAACAAUGAUUAGGAUGAAUAAAGUCCAUAAUAAGAAUAAAAUGGUUCAGAAGAACAGGAUGGAAUAUCUUCUGAUGGUUAUGGAUUGUAAGAACCUAAUAAUGAAGGUGUUUAUGAUGAAAUUUUGGAAUAGCCUACUGAGGUUCUAUAAGUCCCAGAAAGUCAACCCAAAACAAUGGUUUAUUAGAAUUCAAAUAGACUUGAAUCUUAACCUUAAUAAGAGUUGCAAACGUAGGCAAAGCUGGGUCAUAGUUAUACAUAAUAGUUUGCUGAAACACAAAAGAAGAUUGCAAAGGUUAUUAGAUACCCUGAAAACUUUGAAGAUUGGACAAUAGAAGAUUGUUUAAGAAGAAUAGAAGAAGUCCCUAAUGAUAUUUUUCCUGUGUUCAGAUUAGCUAUACUCUAUUAAGAUGAUUAAAAAGAAAUAGCCAAGCAAUAUCUUUUAAAAGUAACUGAAAUGGACCCAUUAUUUGAAGCCGAAAAUGUAAAUUGGGCUUUAGGAACAUUUUUUGUCUCCGAAAAAGAAUGGAAAAAAGCUUUACAUCAUUUUCGUAUAUGCUACCAAUAUAGUUAAGACAGGGUUAAAUCAUAUUUAGAAAUAGCUAGAUGCUAUUAAAAUUUGGGGGAGGUUGAGAAAGCAGAAAAAACUUAUAAAAGAGCCAUUGAUGCCAAUAAUAAAGAUUAUUUACCUUAUUAUAAGUUGGGAUAGAUGCAAAUAAAGAAUAAAUAAUUAAAGGAGGGUAUUGAUAAUUUAUCAAAAGCAUAAACCCUUGAUUAUUAGAAUAUGGACAUCAUUAUAAAGUUAGGAGAAGCUUUAAUGAUUCAUGAUGAAGAUCCUACAGCUAUCGAUUAGGCUGUGAUCGUUUUACAUAAAGGAAUGAUAGUAGACCCAUUAAAUUAAGAAUGCACUGAUGCGCUGGCUAGAGCAUAUGAAAAGAAAGGAGACUUAGACAAUGCUAUUAAAUAUGGAAAGUUAGCAACGGAACAGCCAAAUUCAAAUUAAAACUCGCAUUAUUAUUUAGGAACUUUAUAUUUCAAAAAGAAAGAUUUAAAAAGUGCUGCUAAAUCUUUUAUAACAUUAUUGAGAAUAAAUAAUAAGCACCCAGAGGCUCUAAUUGAAUAUGCGACAAUUUCAAGCAUCUAAGGUAAUUUCGAAAAAGCAAAAAAGUAUCUGAAAUAUGCAUUAAAGGUCUCUCCAAAUAAUCCAGUUGCAAAUAUGAGAUUAGGAUUAAUUUAUUAAACUAAAUUAUAGGAAUUAAAUUCAGCAAUUGAAUGCUUUUAAUAAGUUGCUAUAGUAGAUCCAACAAAUUAUAAAGCUUAUUACUAUAUGGGCUAAUGUUAUUUUUAGAAAGGAGAACUAGAUGAAGGAAUAGAAUAUAUGAAUUAGUCUUUAAAGCACAAUUAAUCUUUUGGUCUAGCAUGGAAAGCUGUUGGUAAUAUUAUGUAUGAGAUGAAUCAGCCAGCUACAGCUCUAAGAUAUUUCUAAAAAGCCAUAGAUUUAGAUAAAAAUGAUAUGGAAGCUAAGAUUAGACUGGGCAAUUGUUAUUAUUUGCAGGAUCAAUUUGAAUAAGCUAUUUAGAUUUAUGAAGAAAUAAGUCAUUUAGAUCAAAAUGAAGAAUUAGAAUAGCAUAUGGCAAAUUGUUAUUACAAGAAAAAUGAUUUUGAGGAAGCAGUAUUGCAUUAUUAGAGAGCAUUAAGCAUAAACUCUGAUAAAAUAGAAUGUUAUUAUAAUUUAGGAGAUACAUAUUUUACUAUGGAAAAAUUUGAAGAAGCCUUAGAAUGCUUUGAGAAAGUGGUUAAGAAUGAUCCUUAACAUUCAGCUGCCUUCUAUAAUUAUGCAAAUACAUUCUUUGUUUUAGAAGAUUAUGAGAAUGCGGCUAAAUACUUUGAAAAGGCCAUUGAGUUAUAGCCUCAAAAUGUUGAUUGGAGGAAUUAUGUAGCUUAGUUAUAUAUAAAGAAAUGUGACCUUAAUUAAGCGAAAAGACAUUUAGAUGAAAGCAUUAGGUUGUAACCAAACAAUCCUGACACCUUAGCUAAAUAUGCAAAUUAUUAUUAUCAAAUAGGAAACUAUUAGGAGGCUCUUCAAAAAGCAAAGUAAACCUUGGUAUUGGAUGAAACAAAUGACUAAGCUAAAUCAUUAAUUUAAGAACUUACUAGAUGA